AUGCUUGUUCGACCGAGGUCUGUACAAACGAUUAGUAAUGAAGAUACUGAAUUAAAAAAAAAUUUAUUCGAUGAAAAUAAUUUUAAUGAAAUCGACGGAAAUUUGGAAAAUAAUGUUGUCAGUUUUCUCGAACACGAAACUGACGGUAAAACAGAAGAAGAUCAGUUUUUAGGAUCUCAAAAGAAAGAUGCUAAAAAGCAAUCUCCAGCUCGAAGAUUAAAACUAUUCGAAAUUUAUAAAUUUGCUGAUAAACUUGAUGUUCUUAUUAUGUUUAUUGGUACUAUAGCUUGUAUGGGUACUGGCGCUGUGUUUCCAUUAAUGAUGUUAGUGUAUCGAAAUGUGGCAACAUCAUUGGUGAAAGCUAGUAUUCCUUCAGUUCUACCAAAUUUGACAUCAAUUAUUGAUAUAAAUGCAACAUGUGCUGUUAAACCAGAAAAUUCAACUGCAGAUGUUUUAUCCGAGCUUCGUGGCAUGAUUAAAUGGUAUGGUAUACUAGGUUGUGCCAGUAUUCUUUGUUAUUGGAUUGGUUUUUCAUUAUGGAUGAUUGCGGCUGAACGUCAAGUUCGACGAAUAAGAUUUGCAUUAUUUCGUUCAAUUAUGAAUCAAGAAAUGGGUUGGUUUGAUAAACUUAAUCCUGGUGAAUUAAGUAAUCGCUUAGUAUCAGAUUUGGAUAAACUUCGUGAUGGUUUAGGAGAUAAAAAAGCUGAAUUCAUUAGUUUAAUCUGUCGAUUAAUCGGUGGUCUUGUAUUUGCUUUUGUUACAGGAUGGAAAUUGGCAUUAGUAUUUAUAUCACUUAGUCCAUUGACCGUUAUUGCAUUCAACAUAACUAUGCGAGUCAUUGCAAAAUAUACAGCAAAAGAAAUAAAAGCAUUUUCAAAAGCAAGUGCUGUGGCACAAGAAGUUCUUGGUUCAAUAAGAACUGUAACAGCAUUUGGCGGACAAAAAAAAGAAGAACAAAGAUUUUCAGAGAAUUUACUUGAAGCAAAGCAAAUUGGUAUAAAAAAAGGUCUUUAUAUGGGUUUAUGUCAAGCAGCUGCUCAAGUAGCAAUUUAUAUAUCUUUUGCAAUUACAUUUUGGUAUGGACCAUAUCUUGUACGAAAUGAAUGUCAAAAUUAUGAUGCUGGAGCUGUGAUCGUUAUUUUUGUCUCAUGUUUACAAUCAACCUUUAGUAUUUCCCAAAUAGUACCAAAUAUUCAAGCAUUUGCUGAAGCAUCUGGUAGUGGUGGUUAUGUAUUUGAUAUUAUAUCACGAAUAUCCAAAAUUGAUGCAUUUAAGAACGAAGGUGAAAUACCAACGAGCAUUGUUGGUGAUAUUGAACUUCAAAAUCUUACAUUCACAUAUCCUGCUCGGCAAGAUGUACCGAUUUUGAAAAAUAUAAAUAUGAAAAUUCCAUCGGGCAAAACAGUAGCUUUAGUUGGAGCAUCAGGAUGUGGAAAAAGUACAACAAUUCAAUUGAUUCAACGAUUUUAUGAUCCAGAUCAAGGUCGAGUUUUACUUGAUGGAAAAGAUAUUAAAACAUUAAAUGUUGCUUGGCUUCGUUCACAUAUUGGAAUUGUUAGUCAAGAACCUGUUCUUUUUACUGGAUCAAUUGAAGAAAAUAUUCGUUUUGGAAAACAAGAUGCAACUGAUGAAGAAGUUCAAGCAGCUGCUAAAAUGGCUAAUGCACAUGAGUUUAUUAUGGCACUUCCAGAAAAUUAUAAGACAUCAUCAGGCGAUAAGCUAAGUGGUGGUCAAAAACAACGAGUGGCUAUUGCUCGAGCAUUGAUUUCAAAUCCAAAGAUUCUUCUUUUAGACGAAGCAACAAGUGCACUCGAUAAUACAAGUGAACGUAUUGUACAGGACGCGUUGGAUAAAGCAAAAGCGGGUCGAACAACAAUUGUGAUUGCUCAUCGUUUGAGUACAAUACGAAAUGCUGAUUUGAUUAUUGGUUUGGAACGUGGCUGUGUCGUCGAAAGUGGAACUUACGAUGAUUUAAUGGAAUAUAAAGGUCUUUACUAUGAAUUAGUGACAGCUCAAAUGCAAAAAGAAAAAGAAAAAGAAGUUGAUCCAGACAUUGAUAAAGAAGAUGAUGAAGUGGAAAGAGAAUUUGUUCGAGAACGAUCAUUUCAUAAGAUUCAUUCAAAACAAUCUAUUGCCUCAAAUGACGAUUUUGAUGAGAAUGAUAAAGAAGAUGAUAAAACAGCAUCCGAUGCUCAAAAGAAAAAAAAGAAGCGUAGUCGUACUCCAUUUGUAUUUCAAAUAUUCAAACUUAAUGCUCCAGAAUGGCCUUGGAUUCUUAUGGGUGCAGUUUUCUCUCUUAUCUUUGGUGCUAUUCAACCCAUUUUUGCACUGUUCUUUGCACAAAUCUAUGGUCUAUUUGGCGAACCAGAUCUUAAGAAACAAGAACAUUUAACAAGUGUUUAUGCUGGACUUAUAUUUCUUAUUGGUUUUGUUGGAGGAGUUGCUCAAUUUCUGAGUAAUCUUGGGUUCGCAAAGUCAGGCGAAGAAUUAACUUUACGUAUGCGAAAAUUAACAUUUUCUGCUAUAAUUCGACAAGAAAUCGGUUAUUUCGAUUAUGAGACAAAUUCAGUUGGUGCUCUUGUCACACGUCUAUCAUCUGAUGCAGCUGCUUUGAAGUAUGCUACACAAGCUAUAGAACAAAUUCGAACAGUUGUUGCUCUUCAUCAAGAAAAGCAUUUUAUUGAUUUAUAUGAAAAUGCAUUCAAUCAAGAAUUCAAGAAGCAAAAGUGUCAGCUGCAUCUAGUUGGUUUAGGUGCUGCAAUUGCGAAUUCAAUCAUGUAUUUUCUUCAUAGUGCUGCUUUUUCAUAUGGUAGUAAACUUGUUGAUAAUCAUGAAAUGACAUUUGACAAUGUGUUCAGGGUAUUUGUUGUUAUUACUUUUGCUAUGAUGACCGUUGGUCGUUCGAUGGCUAUGAUUCCUGGUUAUUCGAAAGCACAACAAGCAGCAUUACGAAUCAUGAAACUUAAUAAACGGCAAUCACAAAUUAAUCCAUAUGAUGAAUCAGGCAUCAUUUUGAAAGAAGUCAUAGGCAAUAUUGAAUUUGAUGAUGUUUAUUUUCGAUAUCCAACUCGACCUACUCUUCGUAUUCUUAGAAAUUUUUCAUUAAAAUGUUUAAGUAGUAGUACAACAGCACUUGUUGGACCGUCAGGCAGUGGAAAAUCAACAACUAUUGCAUUAUUGCAACGAUUCUAUGAUCCAUUGAAAGGAAAAAUUUUACUCGAUGGACAUGAUAUACAAGUUCUUAAUAUUCGAUGGCUUCGAUCAAUAAUGGGUCUUGUUCAACAAGAACCUGUUCUAUUUAAUUUGUCUAUUCGUGAUAAUAUUGCUUAUGGUGAUAGUAGUCGAGAAGUAACACAAGAUGAAAUUGAAAGAGUUGCAAGAACGGCUAAUAUUCAUGAGUUAAUUAAAUCAUUACCUCAAGGCUAUGAAACAUCAUGCGGAGCAAAAGGUAGUCAAUUAUCUGGUGGACAAAAACAACGAAUUGCUAUUGCUCGAGCAUUAAUUCGUUCACCAAAAAUUCUUCUUCUUGAUGAAGCAACAUCAGCAUUAGAUAAUAAAAGUGAAAAAGUUGUUCAAGCAGCAUUAGAUAAAGCUAGAACUGGUCGAACAUGUCUGAGUAUUGCUCAUCGUCUUUCAACAAUUCAAAAUUCAGAAAAGAUUGCUGUGGUUGAUCGAGGCAAAAUGAAAGAAGAGGGCACACAUGAUGAACUCUUGAGAUUAAAUGGAAUUUAUGCCAAAUUAGCAUCAGCGCAAAAACGGACCACUUGA